ACCGAAGUGUUCGAGAAGGCUCUUUGCAAGCGAAAUGAAACCACAGCACUAGCAAAAAUGUCGGCCAUGAAUGAAGAAAUCCAGCGCAGACAGUAUGAGGAUCUUGAUAGUUUGCUGUUCGUGCCGAGGGAGAAGUUGGCGUUCAACGUCGCAAUUAACACUCACUGUAAGCGGUCGCAGCUGCAUUGCAUCACAAAGACUCUCCAACAGAAGGGGGAGUACGAUCUAGUUAAGCAUACCUGCUUUGGAAUGCUCCUGGACUUCUAUCCACAGGGGUAUUUUUACGUCGGUCUCUUGCACAGCAUCAUGAUUCGUCGGAUCACUAAGAGGCAGUCAAUGGACCAUGAGCUAUGGUUUGCCAUUGGCAAGAGCAAGGCGCGACUAUCAAAGCAGGAGUUUUGCCUCAUCACCGGGCUGAAGUUUGGUCCAAUGCCUGAUGUGUUCAGACGACUGUACGAGGUUGCUACGGAUGGAAUUGAUGCAAGAUACUGGAAUUGGUAAGACAACGUUAAGCUGCAAGCUUUGCUUGAUACCUUCUGUGGGGGCAACUUUCAGCGAGCAGGAGACGCGAUCAAGAUGGCACUCGUCUUGAUCGCGAAUAACAUUUUAUUUGGUCAAGACUACCAUAGACGGGUGACGCCUUGGUUGCUGUCAUUAGUGGAGGACAUCGACGCUUGGAAUGUCUUCCCAUAGGGGCACUAUAUUUGAA